AUGAAACCUGAAAUUGAGAGAGAUAUGACCUAUAGGUGUUUAGGAAAUGUUGAGGCAUCCUUAGGGAAGUUGAUUGAUAUGAUGUAAAAUUUAUUAUCUAAACCUACUAUUUCACAUGUUCAUAAUACUUCAUGCCCUAUGUGUUUUAGUAAAAUAUAUGUAGAUAGAGAAUGCAUUGACACUGGUGAAGUGAAUGUGAUGAACCAUGCACCACCUCACAACUCAUAGAAUGGGCAAGGCAAUGUAAACUUCAGCAAGGAAUCUCGACCCCCAUUUCAGUCAAGACCUUACUUCCAACAGUUCCCAAUCACAACACAUACUUCAAGGUAACUCUAAUGAACUUCUUAUAUAGAUUUUGCAAGAAAUUCAAAAGGACUAGUGUGAAACAAAAGAAGUAGUGUUAAGCAUGAUGAGAGAUGUGAAGCAGCUCAAGGCUGAUUGGAGAGGCUGAAUCAAGUCGACUCUAAUGUUGAAAAUAUGAAAGGUAAAGGGAAAGAAGUGGACUGCAGUACAGGUCGAUUUCCAACUCAGCCCUCUAUUAAUCCUCGUAAUGUUAUUUAUGUUGAAUUUCAUACAUCUUUUCCUUCAAAAAAUCAUGAGUGUAUUUAUGCCAUAACUAAAUCAAUAAAUGAGAAAUGUUUAGUUGACUCUUAUGACAAGAAUGAAGAGGGAGAGCAAGAGAAAACCUUAGAGAAAGAAGAAGAAAAAGUGGAGCUGAAAGAAAGAGAGUCAACCUUAGAAAAAUAUCACCCCCUCAUUUUUUUUCCAGAAGCUUUAAAAUUUACCAAACCUCCCAUCCAAAAUACUAAACUCUUAGAGACCUUUGAGAAGACCAUAAUAACUAUUCCCUUAAAAGAAGCAAUCAAACAUAUUCCUUCAUUCUCAAAAUAUGUUAAAGAACUUUGUACUCCCAAUAGAAAACUCGAGAGAGUCAAAUUGUCUGAAAGUGUUAGUUCUAUUAGGUUAAAUCAAAUUUUAGAAAAAAAGAAAGAUUUAAGUGCACCCUUAAUUACUUGUGAUAUUGGAGGAACACAUUUUUCUAGAUCUUUAUUAGAUUCUGGUGCUAGUGUCAAUCUAAUGCCAAAAGCCUUAUAUAAUAAAUUUAAAUUUGAAGAUAUAGAAUCAGUCCUCUUAAAUUUACAACUUGUUGAUGGAUCUAUUAAGCAACCAUAUGGUGUGUUGGAAGAUGUGAUGAUUAAGUUAGAACAUUACACAUUUUAUGUUGAUUUUAUUGUGACUAAUAUGAAAAUCCUUGAUAAUUGGAGUAGAACACUAAUAAUUUUAAGGAGACCCUUUUUAGCAACCACCAAAGCCAUAUAA